AAAAAAAAAUCAUUUUAACACAUGUGUCGAAGUGUAGUGUCUUUAUGAAAUGUGCUUUUGGAAAUCUUAAGCGUUGUGAAACCUGCUUGCUUCGUCAGUGUAUGCUGAUCGAACGAAAUCGAGUUUCCGGUUCUGAAUGUUGGAUCGACAGAACCUUGUAAUGCAGAGCUCGUUAGUCUCCUGUACCAUCUAGGAUUAUUGGCAACUAAUCAGGAGAUAACCGUUUCUCAACAGUUUUCGCCUGCCAUAGCCCAAAAGUGAUACCAAACGAAUAAUAAAACGACCGAAACGUGAAACGUCAACGAUUACAUACAACGAGCUACUUCAUAAGUGAUCGCCAAAAGUAUCGAGCAACUAUUCUCGAGGAUUCGCCUUUUAAUACGUCAACGUGAACAGUGCGAUAACUACACAACAAUGGGCAUUCGAGUGCAAUCCUUAAUCGCGACCUGCUUACUACUAUUCACAGUACUUGAGAAUGUACACUGCGACGCACCAUUAGUGGAUUCUGCGGCGCUACCGCUGGAACACAGAGCCGUGUACGGUCCGCCAGCACCAUCACCAGUUUACGGAACGCCUGGUUUGCUGAGUGGCGGCGGAGGUAGCGGUAGUCUUCAUGGCCCCGGCCCCGUUGGAGGCGGUGGUGGAGGUGGCGAUGAUCCGUGGCCACUGUCUGCUGCGAACGACAGCCCGCAGAUCAAGCAUCUGCAGGUGCAGUGCGAGAAGACACACAUGCGUGUCAACAUUGAGUUCGACCGACCGUUCUACGGUAUGAUCUUCUCAAAAGGCUUUUACAGCGAUCCCCACUGUGUGCACCUGAAGCCUGGUACCGGCCACUUGAGCGCUACCUUCGAGAUCUUCCUCAAUAGCUGCGGAAUGUCGAGCUCGGCGAACCACAAUGCGGCUAGUUUUGGUGGACCGACCCCGUCCGGAAGUUACGUGGAGAACACGAUCAUCAUCCAGUACGACCCAUACGUGCAGGAAGUUUGGGAUCAGGCUCGCAAGCUGCGCUGCACCUGGUACGACUUCUACGAGAAAGCCGUCACCUUCCGUCCAUUCCAGGUUGAUAUGUUGCACGCCGUCACGGCCAAUUUCCUCGGUGAUAACUUGCAGUGCUGGAUGCAGAUUCAGGUCGGAAAGGGCCCAUGGGCAUCGGAAGUGUCGGGUAUCGUAAAGAUUGGCCAAACGAUGACAAUGGUGCUGGCGAUCAAGGAUGACGAGAACAAGUUUGAUAUGCUGGUACGCAACUGUGUUGCCCACGAUGGCAAACGCGCUCCGAUUCAGCUUGUCGAUCAGCAUGGAUGUGUGGUGCGACCGAAAAUUAUGAGCAAGUUCCAGAAAAUCAAAAACUUUGGACCGUCGGCCUCGGUGGUAUCGUUCGCUUACUUCCAGGCGUUCAAAUUCCCCGACUCUAUGAACGUGCACUUCCAGUGCGUGAUCCAGGUCUGCCGCUAUAACUGUCCCGAGCCAAAGUGUGCUGGCGGUGACUACGGAUUACCGGCAUUGACGGGCAACGGUAUCUCGGGCGAGUACGGUGCCCCGGGUGCCCUGAGCGGCGAGUAUGGACCACCGCAUCUCUCGGAGUACGGUGUGCCCCCCGCGGCCUACCCUGACCCCCGUCAUCCUUCCGAUGCUUCGGGAGCUUAUUCCGAGAACCAGGAUAGCGUUGUGCCAGCCCCGCAAGCACAGACCUCUGGCAAUUCCGCGGAAAACAAAUCCGAUGGCCCGGUGAACGGAAAUGACGUUCAGGCACAGGCACAGUCGUCCAAUCCAGGCUCGAACGACAUUCACGAUCACAUCAACAUGCCACCACCACCGGCACCAGGACAAUCGUCCUACAUCACGGUGACGAAGCAGAAAAAGGACGAUGGUCUGCCCAGCGAUAGUGGCAAUUUGGUCAGUCUUGGUGGGCGACCACGGUCCGUUGAGGGAUUGGAUGAUCUCCGUGGCGUCCGUCGACGACGGGACACGAUGUCGGUCGUAAUUCGGCCGCGCAUUUACAAGCGUGACGCACAGGAAAUGACCGACGUUAACACGGAGCGUAUUAUCCAGGUGGUAGCUCCGGGCGACGUGAACUUUGCGCUGAACAAUGCCGCGGGCAAUGAAACCGUGGUCAUCCAGUCCCAGCGCACUGUCGAUCCGGAAACAAUCUGUAUGUCGGUACCGAGCUUCGUCGGUGGCCUCGUGAUGUUACUGCUUGUCCUAGCCGUUGCCUCGCUUGUGGCCGCAUUCCUGUUUGUGCGCGUGCGACACUUUGACCGGAAAGGACAUCCCUUCUCCGGGCACUAAGCAAAUCUCUUAUCCAGUCCUACCCGGGCAGGAGCCCACUAUUGGAGUCACCGUCACCACGCACAUCACAAAACAGCUUUCUGCUACUUCCUUUUGCUGGCGUAUGGAAAGGGAAAUAGUCGAUCCGUCGGAUGGCUUAUGAUGCCUUUACCCCGCCAGUAUCUUAAUCACGAUCAGCCCGCACUAUCAUAUGCAUCAAUCCUUGUCAUCAAGCACCGUGCUAUGUUUUGUAUAGGGAAACACUCGUUCUCCUAUACUUUUCUCUAUCAUGGUGCAUCCUAUGUUCUGUGGCAUCAAUGUGUAACCAGUUAACCAGCAGCGAACCCACCCGUUUGUGAAGAAAACUUACGGACAGUUUUCUAAUCCCUCCAUCAUCCGAAAU